CCGAUGUUAACCAUUUUACUCUUCCCUCAACUUAUUGAUUCGCGAACGGAGUUCAGUAAGUAUUUUUUCCCUUUUUUAUCCAUCAUUUUAGUUAGCGCGUUGGAGUGCUUUCAAAGUCCUAAGAAUCCCAUUCGCUUUGACAGCGUUGUUCUCUCUGGUCAGGGUAUUCGUGGAAGUACUAAGUGCUUUCUUGAUUCCGUCUACAAUGACUACUACAUGAGUGUGCAGAUUAAUAAACUGGACUUAAAGGGCGAUUGCCCUAGCUUUUCUGUAUCCGAAUAUUCCACCUUAAGGAGCAGCGAGAUCCCGGAAUCAGAGAACUUCCCUUCAAUCAAAAUCUACCAACCCAGUGAUGAUAAUCGACUGUUCAAGGCCACUUGUGAAACUGGUACAGAGUUCAUCGGGACCGUAUUCCAGACCUCAAUGCCAGGUCGGAAGUUGAUGGUGGAGUUUGAUCCGGCCGAUUUUGGUGAUGCAAACAGUUUCGAGAUUACCGUCACUCCAUUUUUUUUGGGGAACACAUUCAGUUGUCCGGCUGAGCACUUUCGUUGUUUCAACUCCCGCGAUCACUGCAUUCCGAACAGCAUAACCUGUGACGGUGUUGACAACUGUUUUGAUGGUUCCGACGAAUCAAACUAUCUCUGCACUGGUCGAAUCGGCAACUUGCCGUUACCGCUCUUCAUCAUCCUCGUUCUUGUCGCGUUGAAGCAGGCAAAGGAUGGUACAGAAAUGCGUCGAUACUUGCCUAUGAUGUCGGGCAAGCUGAUAGGUGAUGGCAUGCGAGAUGGUUGGAAGGCAGUUCAAUUUGUUUCUGCAUUAGUCAUCAGCGUGCCGAGCUUACAACACGGGGCGUCGAGCCUUUUCUACUUCAGCUUCCUAAUUGGCUUGUGUGGUUCUGCUAACGAGGUGGCGAUUCUCGUCCUUCUGGGACUGAUUACUGGAUUGGCAAUUUACCUUCGCAGAAGACAUUUCCAGAAGCAGAGAGAAAGACCCGAGUGCAUCGAUAUGAACAUAAUCCAGGGCCAAUCGACAGCUCAAGAACCCCUGAUGCCUCCACCACCGCCUCCAACGCAGACGCAUUGA